AUGAUGGGAGAAACUUUCAAAGUACCAGUACCAAUAGCAGGAAGAAGUAGCCAAUGGCUCUCAGUCUCUGAACCGGAACCAUACCACUUCUGGACAUCCCCAGCAUCAAUCGCAUGCGCUGUACUCCUUACACUAGGGCUCUUACGGAACGAUUGCAUAUUGUUGAAUGUCGCUUUCUUUGUAGUUAUCUACAAGAUAGCGUCAGUAGCAGGGCGCUGGAUAACGUACCUGUUGGACAAUCCAAGGCUGAGAGAAACAUUAGACAUCAACACAGGAUACUUCCGAAUGGCCAAGGAAUACGUCAUGGCCUUCUUGGACAUCGAUGGAGAGCAUCGCAGCUUUCGGAAGCAACUUAUAGCUGGAAGCCUUCUAUAUUACCGGACCACACAAGUCCAUUGCUUGGCACUAUACUUUCGACAGAGACAGGAAAAGAUGGUGGAAGGAGCACUAUCCGGUCGAUGA